AUGGGUGCGAAGACUCUGGACGGACGGAUGUUCGAAGUUGCGCAGAGGGCAAAGCUGGUGGAUUCCGAGCGAGCAGUGGCACAUCGAGCCAUGUAUUCCUCCAAUGCGGCUCGACAGGGCCCUGGUGUCAUUCUCGGAGAUACUGCAGCGUCCAACGCAUUCUUUCAUGGCAAAUUGAUGGGCGAAGCGGCAGAUCGCAUCGCUAGACUCUACACUGACGGCCAGGCAGACUAUUGUAUGACUGCGCUAGAAGACACUGCAACUUUGGCUGCGCUCCUUAGAGGUGCUUUGGACGAGCGACUCGACUUCUCCCGUAUCAUAUUGAUGAGAUCUGGCUCAAACUUUGAUCGACCUUAUUCUGACGACCACCUACCCACAGUACCGUUUAUAAUGGAUCAUGGAGGAUUCGAGCCCGCGAUUAGGAAUCUCUUUUCUGUCGGACAGGUGAUUGUGGAUGAAAUCCUAGAGCAAUGGGCYUCGACUUUUGAAGAUGGUCUUCAACCCGAAAAUUAUGUAGGCGAUCUGUUGGGCUCCCUGGGAGGCAGCCCUUCUUACGGCCCACACAGGUCAGCAGAAGAGCAGGUAUAG